GGCAGUGUGGCACGUCAAACGCGAUAGUAUUUAUAAAACUUGGCCAAAGUGAUAUUAAAAGUGUGUACUAUACACAAAAAGGUACAAAAAUAUCACUAUCUUUGGCGUGAUCAAAAUAAUAUCAAAGUCGAUCCUUACUGUGACGGUAGUAGUUUCAUGCAAAAACAGUUUACGGUGUUGACACGACUUCUAAAGUAAAUUUUAGUGUAAAAAUUAGUUGUAAAGAUUCUUGUAAACAAGACGUUUGACGGAAUUGCCGAGAAUUAUAACUUGUUUUUAGAAAUAAAAUCAAAUAAUUAUUAACAAAUGGCUCAACAAGCACCAAAAAUGGCUCAGGGUCCCCUAAAGAGAUUCGUGGAAAGCCUAAAAAGUAAAGAAUUUCGUGACUACUUAAUGAGCACACACUUCUGGGGACCGGUAGCAAACUGGGGCAUUCCUAUUGCUGCUCUUACAGACAUUCGAAAAGAUCCAAAAUUUAUCAGCGGCAAAAUGACAUUGGCACUAUGUUUAUACUCAGCGGUGUUCAUGAGAUUCGCUUGGAAAGUGCAGCCUAGAAAUUUGCUACUAUUCGCAUGUCAUAUCACCAAUUUCUCAGCGCAAGGAUUACAAGGGAGUCGUUUCGUAACGUACCACUUAACUGCCGAUAAGACUAAGACUAAUGUAACAGAAUCGCCUAAGGCCAAUGUAGUACCUGAAACUAAGAAAUAAUUUAUCGAAUCAUCUUGUCAAUCAACAAAAUUUAUUACAAAUUAAGUAGCAAAGUUCCGGGAAGAGUAAUUUACCAGUUUUCUUUUGUAUACAACAAUAAGUUAUAUAUUCUUAUUUUGGUUUAUCGUUUGUUGAAUAUACAAUGAUUGUUAUCGAAGGAGAAUUUCUUUAUCUUUCUCUACAUCGAAAAUAAAUAAAAU